AUUUAUGAGUACAUCCGGGUCACUGUGGGUGCACUUCAUUUUAGCUAACAACUGUUAGUUAGUGAACCUCUCACACUGUUACCUUUGGCGAGUGUCGUAUUUCUAAAAAAAACAGGAGUCGUAGCCUGUCCCCGGUCAUGAUCAGGUCAUUGCUGCUGCGCAGGUUAACAUUCCACAUCCUUUCCUGUACCAGAGGAUCAUGUCUACUCACAGGUCGGAUACCUUAUAGUGCGCGGCCUCAUUCACCAGGUCACACACCCAUCCAGCAGAGAUGCCAUGGACCCGUUACACCUAAAAUCAAAGCCCUGGUCAGGUACUCGGACUUGUCUACACAGAAAUACACUAUGAUUUACACCCUGCCGCACAUUAAGCUCCUCAGAGCUGUGUCCAGGCUCAAAUUGUUCCAAACUACAAUCACCACGGUCCUCUUACCCCCCGUGUUCAUCCUCUACCUCCUGGGAGACGUCCCCUUCUUUCUUGUCAGCUAUACAACGGGGAUAGCACUGUUCGCUGGUGUCAUGCUGUACACUGCCAGUCAUUUCUUCAGGAGGGUUGUGGGCAUGAUGUACCUGGACCCUUCCCAGACCACGCUCAAAGUGUCCCACCUCACCUUCUGGGGCAGGCGCAAUGAUAUCUACCUGCCUGUGUCAGAUGUUUUGACCAUUGGAGAUACAGGGGACUCCGUAAACGAGAAGAUAUUGAAACUAAAGAGAUACAGUAGUCCGGAGACGCUGUUUUUCUCCACUCAUUUUGGACGUGUGGUAGACAAACAGGGUUUUGAGAAGGUGUUUGGAACUUUAAAAUGAUAAUUAGUUCAAAAUGUAUAUAUGGGCAGAUGGUAAUAAUCUCCAGUGAAUUCACCUACUUUUCCUGUUCAAAAUAUAACUUGUUAUCAUGAGAAGGAUCUGUUCUCCAUGAGAAAAUGUUGAUCAAAACAUAAAGAUAAUACAUUGGAAGACUGUCUGAUGUGUCCACCGCUGACUAGCUAAUGAAUUUUUUAGUAGAGCUUGUGAUUGAAAAGUAAGGAUGCAUAGUAACAGGACUCUGGCCUUUAUAGUGGAACAACAUGCCAGGUGACCAGUGUUGGCAUUAAUAGUACUCGGAUUACUUUUGUCUGUUUGUAUUUAGUGACUUCAUGUGUGAAGCAGAAAUAAAGUCAAAUAAAACCAAACAAUGACAACACA